ACUCAUUGGAGGCUGUUUCUGUGGAUGUUGAACUUUAACUUUAACUUUCAGCUUCAUGCAGGUUUUCGGCCUCUCUCCUUCACCCUUGACGUUACCUAUUGUUAAAGCUAGCAUACCUAUGUUAACCUAUAAUGCUUCUAGCGUUUAAAUAGCGUUAUUUUUCCUCGUUUUUGAUCGUUUAAGAGCUGGAGAUGUGGCCGUCUGUGAUAUCCAUGAUGACAGUGGUCAGUUGUCUGUGUGUUUUACUGGCUGCUGUGUUCGCAAACUUCGAGACGACCGUGUACAAGAAGGUUGGCGAUGAAGUUGUCCUCAGUCCAGGUACUACCACUGUGCCCACCAGCAUCUUGUGGAAAAAACAGCCUGACAUCGCCAUGGAUUGGGAUGGAGGGAUUGUUGACAGUUAUCGCGAGUUCAAAGUUCGUGGCAGACUGAACAUUUCAAACGGAGAGAUGACAAUCACAAGACUUACUCGAGAGGACAGUGGAUACUACGUACCGGAAAUCAACAGCGUGGUCUCCAGUGCAACUCUUCUCAUCAUCAUCUCUCCCGUUCCUACACCCACCGUUAUUAAAUCCUGUGACAGUGAGUCCAGAUGCACUUUGACCUGUGAUGGAAACACCAGAGAUGCUGGACCCGUCACCUACAAGUGGAAAUUAGAUGACAAACUGUUGACAGGUUCUAAGGAGCAACACAUUGCAAAGGAGGACAAUUCAAGUAUAACAGAGUUCAGCUGCGAGCUGGAAAAUCCAGUCAGUCGGGAGAGCAGCCAACCCAUCCCCAACCCUUUCGGCCCAACAAUAGAAGCUGACACUCCUGACGGUAUAAUACCAGGAAAUCUGAAGAUUUCCACAGGACUGACAGUCUUCAUCACUAUGCUGACAGCUGUGGUGCUGUUGGUGGUUAUUCAUAGAUGGAUUGGAGGAAUGUGGUUCUUCCAAAAAGAAUCCAUGCCAUGGGAAGCAGACUUCUGGAGGAAGCAAGAGAGGGCACCGAGAGACGCUGCUGAAUCCAAUGGCAUCAGUGCUCGUUCAGAGAAGGAACAAAUGGACGAGGAAACACCAAUGACAUAGGCAGCCAGACUACAUCAAGUCAGGACUUGUCUGGUGUGAAACAAGACGAUCCAAGAAGUUCCAGAGCGAGGCUAAAAUGGUUCAGGAAAUCCAGAAAUGCUCAUGUACUUAAGGAUUGGUCUGUUGUGUGAACACAUAUUAUUGAAAAUCCCUUACCAGUAGUGCCAGUUCCAGUGUUACACAUCUAAAUUUAAUGGUAAGGCAAAAAAGUGAGAGUGAAAUUAUCUUAAAGCUACUUUCAAAAAGUUGUUUUCUUAUGGCUUUUGAAGCCACAAACGUGUUUUAAGGCAUGUUCAAGACUCUUCCCUGCUCAUCUUUUACUCUAUAUAAGACUGAACUGCUUCUCAUCUUAAACUGAAUAUAUUUAAAAGAUACUAAGAAGGGAAAUAUUAAAGACUCCUAGCCUGAAAUGAAAUUAGACAAAACACUAUAGUGCUGAGAUAAAUAGAAAAGGAAAUAAACACUGACAAAGACAAAAGCUUUUAGACUUAAAGCAGAUCUCAUGUCUUUCUGAGGUAAAGAGGCUCCUCACAGUUUAGACAAUACCAGGAAACCCUGCAAUGUGUGCUUUCCUGUCGGUACCUGGUACCGCGAGCUCAUUAAACCACCGAGUGAGGAUGAUUUGUGAUGUGCGGCACGUCUGGUGUGGUUUUCCUGCAGCCUCACAACGUUAGGGAAGAGCUUGGACUGUGUGGGGAGGAACUGGAUGGAGAGACGAGGGGAAACAGGGAAGCCAUUGUCUGGUUUGGGCUGCCAGCUCAACCAACAAACAAGGCAUUGUACAGUCCUUUCCUGCCGACUCCUCAGCAACAGUUUGUGUGUGAAUAUGUGAACAAAAUAUUUUUCAACCUCGAACAAAGUCAAUCAGCUUUUAGAAUCAUUUCACUGACAUUAUUUAACUCCUCUAUACUUGUAUUUUAGGUGGUUUCUGCAUUUAACUCUAAAUUCUGAUUGUGGCUUUCCGAUGCACUGUGUGUACAUACAAUAUAUGUGUUUAAAAUGGAUGACGGGUUUGUUUUUGCACUUAACAUUUACAAUACAAUACAUUACAGCUGAAAGUAUUAGGCUUUUAAUCUCAAGAGUGCCACCUUUAAAGGUCGAAUCAUCCUUUGUUAUAUACAGUUUCACUAUUUUUCAGUUUCAUUAUUUGUGAAACUAGUUUUUAAACUUCUUAAUCAAAAGCAUCAGUCAAGGAUGAGUUGUAGCACCGAAACAUUUUUAAAUUGUUCCAGACACUCCAAAGAACUUUUAUUUUUUUUUAAACAAAAGGCACUGACUUAAUAAGACCCUGUUAGCAUAGUGUCUAUUGUUGUCUGUUAUUUGUUUGAAGAUAUAAAGAAUGUUAGAUAUGUAAAUGUUAAGUGUUUUUAUAUGUGCUGUAUUUAAUAAAACCAACUGAAUAUGAACCCUGAAA